AUGGCGCCGGAAUUUUGGUGGCUUAAAUAUAGGAAGAAAAAUUUGAAACCACGUUACCGUCUGACCACCGAGAUGCUGAUCAGAAAAAGUCUUAGGGAGACCUUCAAGGAAUAUAUCAGUUGUUCUUCAAUAUCUGGCGUGAGGCAUCUUAUUUCUCCGGAAGAACCUAUAAUGGCAAGACUAUGCACGUUUGUCAUGCUAUGCUGCCUCUUCUCCACCAUACAGUACUAUUUGUACCACACCUGGUCGGCAACACUUUCAAACCCACUGGUGGUGUCUGGAGAAUCGUUUACUUACCCCAUCAAGGACAUUGACUUCCCAGCAGUGGCUCUGUGCAAUACCAACCGGAUCAGCAGAAAAGCACUGAAGAAAAAGGCUUCGGAAAUGUAUCCGAAAUUGAGUAAACUGAACAAUUUAACCCUUCAUAAAUUGGAGCGUAUCCUGCAACUUAUGGGACAACUGAUUAAUUUUGAAAAGAACCCGUCAAACCUUUUUGAUAGUAAAUUGAUUGACGAAUACGAUAAGGUAUUCGGUUCUGAAACUGUGGAUAUAAUGAAGGCGUUAGCGCCAAGCUGUGAUGAAAUGCUCCUCAGAUGUUUAUGGGGAGGCAAGUCAGUGAAUUGCAGCAGUAUCUUCCAAGUCCGGAGAACUAUGCUGGGUCAUUGCUGUGCAUUCAAUUAUGUACUGGAAUAUGGUUCUGCCGAUAGGCCUAAAGGCACGAUAGGUACUGUAAAGAGGCAAAUAGUGCCCGGUUUGAUGAACGGCCUGAGAGUGAUAAUUGACGCCAUGGUUGAUGACUACGCAUACCCGCUGCAUCAGUAUAGACAAGGAUUUGACGUUCUUGUAUUUAAUUCAUAUCAUUUCGCUGAUACGACUGGCGGGAGAGUACUGCAGCGCACAGUUCAACCUAGUCAAGCUGAGUACUAUCUUUUAUCGUCAAUCAAACAAGUGGCCGCAGCGGAAGUUCGGAAAUACCCUAUAAAAACAAGACAGUGCCUAUUUCAUAAAGAUUUAUCUCAGAUGUACAACAAUUUUUAUUCGUAUAGUAGUUGCAUAACCAGCUGUCGGAUUCAAACAGUAGAAACUCUGUGCAAAUGUACCCCGUACUUUCUGCCAAGUAGUUCUGGAUUACCAACAUGUACACUGAAGAAUUUAAAUUGUUUGCACAAAUAUAAAGAUAAACUACGGUAUUUGUACCCAAGAGCCGCCGAAGGUAAUGAAGCGCUAAAAGAAGAAUUAACAGUCUCAAUGUACUGUCCCAAAUGCUGGCCAGACUGUGAAUUAACCGAUCAUUCUAUCAAAUCAUACAAAAUUAACCUUUUUAGAACAGGACGACCGGGAUUUAGAAACAGUUUCCUUGCCGGCCUGGACCUAACGAACAAAAGCAUAAUAAGUGUAUUCCAGCCUACAGGAGAAGGCGUGUUACAUCGCCUUGAUGUGGUUUCCUACUGGUACGAGAUACUAAGUAACAUCGGCAGUUUCGCGGGCGUGUUGAUGGGGAUUGGCAUCUUUACAUUCGUUGAAAUUAUUUAUUUUAUGUUCAUUCGAUUUUUUCAAAUAAUGUACAGUAAUUAUGUAACAUAUAAUAAAUAA